AAUUGUAUUCAUACCAUUGGGACAUCGCUAGCUGCACCCGGACCCCACCACUUCCUUUCUUUUUAUCAUCUCCCCACACCCUCAGUCACCCCCAAAUCCCCUCCCCUUUCUCCACCGCCAUCACAAAGAAGAGAAGAUGAUGAAAGGGACCAAGAAAGCCAUCUUCCUUUUCCUCCUCCUCUCCUCUCUGGUCAUCAUCUCCCACUGCGUCACCCCCCUCACAAUAAAACCCGUGAACCGGGAUGAUGAUGAGUACCAGUGCGUGUAUACGGUGUACAUCAGGACGGGGUCCAUCUGGAAGGGUGGCACGGACUCGGUGAUCAGCCUCGUCCUCGCCGGAUCGGACGGCUGGGGCGUGGCCAUCACGGACAUCGAGUCGUGGGGCGGCAUCAUGGAGGCCGGCCACAACUACUUCGAGAGGGGCAACCUCGACAUCUUCAGCGGCCGGGGACCGUGCCUUUCGACCCCGCCGUGCUGGAUGAAUCUGACCUCAGAUGGGAGCGGGUCCCACCACGGGUGGUAUUGCAACUACGUGGAGGUCACAACCACAGGUCCCCAUAUGGGGUGCGCCCAGCAGCUGUUCACCGUCGAGCAGUGGCUCGCCACCGACGCCGCGCCCUACCAGCUCUACGCCACCCGCGACUCCUGCACCGGGCGCGGAAAUGCCGAGGAGGAGCCGAAGAUCGGCGAUCGGAUCGGCCGACACGUGACGCACGUGGCAUGAGAUCUCAGCUGAGUUUUGGUUGGCCGUGUUGCGAUUUGUCCUGUGUGGUUUUAAGCUUUGUUAAUUAUGAGCUACCUGUCGAUUAGUAAAAUAAAUGGCUGAGCGGUGAUCUUAUUUUA